AUGGCCAGGAAGAAGAACAAGCAGAGGAAGGACCCCCCAGAUGGGGGCAAUGGCGACCCCAGCGGCGGCAUUGUCGCGCCCCUUGGCCCGGGGCUGGACGGGCCCGGCCCUGCCUCCAAGAAAGACGUUGUCACAACCACCGCCACCAACACCAACACCAACACCAACAACACCAGCGCCAGCACCGGAUCCAAUUCAAGGCCUAGGGCCGCUGCGCCCGCAGUGCCCCAGCCGCCAGCUUCUCCUGCCCUCAUCAUAUGUCGGAACAAACACUGGCGUUACAUCUCUUCCUUUCACGGGCCAUGGCUGCAGCUUCCCCACGAGAUCCUCGAGACCCUCGUUAACAUCAACUACAACACGCCCCGCCCCCGCCCAAUCGACCCCGCCGUCUUCUACGACCUGGUCAAGAUCCGCCGACUCGUCGACGAUGCGACCGACCUCGCUGUCCGCGCCGCAAGUGGCGUCGUAUCCCUCAAUAGCCUGAAUAACUCCCACCCUGCUGCCGCCCUGGGGCUGGGCUUUGGCGGGGGGAACCAGCCAAAGCUAAGCCCCGAGCGCAAGCACAAAUUACGGGAGCAGGCGACCCAGAAACUGGCCAGGGCAUAUCGACUCGACGAAAUAGCAUGUAGUGUGGCCACAAUGCAGAGCGCAUCGGCCCUUGAGGACGUCGCGAGUUUGGUGUUGAAGAGGGACCCCAACAAUCUGGAUGCUAAGUACGUGCACUUUUUCCAUGAAAAGAUCCCCAGCCGCCAGCUGGCCGAAUCGACAAGCUUGGACACCUUAGACGACGUGAUAUCAGGACAACAGUCCGAAGGCGAACCCCUAAGGACACGGGCGACCGUGCGCGUCUUCAAGGAGGACUAUGAUGGUGCCGCCAGGGACUUGACGGAGGCCCUGCAGGUGUUCCGGGCACACAAGGCCCACAGCAUGGCCGGUAAGUCGAGGCAACUCCAAGUAGUCGAGCCUGGCGGGCGGCGGCUGGACGUCAAACUAGACGAGGAUCAGCAGCCAAGCAGCCUGGAGAUACAACUCCUAUUUGCACGCGCCGGUGUCUAUCUCAGCAUAGCUUGUUUACAUGUGAAUGAGGCCCUACUACCCAUACCGACGGCCGCUAAGUCAAAAGACCCGGAGAGCGAGAACAUCGCACAGCCGACAGACGGUCUUGGAGACCAAGCAGACGUGGGAGAUGGGGCUGGGUCAGGAACCUCAACGCCCGCAACGGAUGCGCUACCCCCCGAGCUCACUUCGGCAGAGAAAGAGUCGCAGAGGCGCGUGCUUGAGGCCAGAAAGUUCGUCAAGUCCAAUGCCAAGAAGGCGCUUCGGGACUACAUGGCCUACCUGUCCAACUUUGACUACUCACCAAAUCUGCCCACAGAUAUCGCCGAGGACUUCACGAGGAAGGUGAAGGCCGGAAAGAACAAAGGCAGGCGGCCAGCUUCUCACAUACGCAGUGAUUCUCCUAGUGGUGGAAUCGCCCACACCGUUUAUACACUGAAUGAGCUCUUCGCCGCGACGCCUCCAGCGGACCUACCACCUUACCCUCCUACGGACGUCACGUUGGCGGGACCGGAACCAGGCAUUGAGGCGACAUAUGUUGGGACGACCAUGGAGCUGGUGACAUACCACCCACUCAUGACAGACGCGCUGCAUGCUCUGCUCCUGUGUCACGUUCUCGUGCAGACCUCAACAAAGGAACUGCAACGUCACGCGUACAUGGUUGCGCGCCUCGCCCGGCUCGCAGACGGCUACCCGAUGUUCCAGGCGAGUCGGAGCCCAGCACGCGCAGAUUGGAUCGAGGUCCUCCGUAGAGGCGAGAACUGGAUCGGCCUGGCGGUGCCGUGGGAAAGCCUGUGCGCAGCUGCGCCGCUGUACCCCGGGCAGAGCUCCCAGAACAACGGCCCCAAUCCCAGUUCUAAGCAAGGCCAGAAGGCCCUGCCCGCGCCUGAGGCGGUGAGAGAAGUCAAGAAGGACAUCGACGACGAGGACCGUGAAAGGAUCAACCAGCAGGCCUUGAUGCGAGCCAUCGAAGACGACCGCGUCGGCGACGAGGCGACGCUUCGCGCGGCAAUCAGCGCGCACCGGAAGCGGGCCGAGGAUGACCUGAGGGCGGAGCGAAUGGACGGCAGCGGCGAAGCCAACGGCGCCAUCGUCCCAGUCGCCAACGGCGGGUCCAAGCCCGCCUCGCCGGCCCCACAUGAACCGGGCAGCGACAAGGCCCCGUCCUCGUCGUCCUCCAGCGGCCGCGCCCCCUCGCCCGGAACGGCGCACCGCCGCUGGGCCAUGGACGAGGGCCGCGAGUACCCCAUCCUGACAGAGCGCGCCUCGGCUGUGGCGCGCUGGCUCCGCGAGGCCCCUCCCGGGGCCGGGUGGUCGUGGUGGUCACUCCAAGAAGAAGAAGAAAGCUGCCGCCCCUGCUGCUUGAAGCGGCUGUAUACAGAUAAUGGGCGUAGAAUUCUAAAAAGCAUUGCUGAAGAUGACUGA